GGCAGCCGGACAAGUUCAGCGAGAAUAUCGAUUCAGUCUCGCGCAAACCACCCCCAUGUGUCGUGUCCGUUGCAGCAGCUCCACCUUUCAGCUUUGUUUUCGGCUCGGUGUCAUGACUGACACAUAAACAGAGCCGUGUCGCGGUGAAACGCUCACCUAGACGGUGGUCCACGGAACGCGUCGUCGAGCGAACUGUCGCGGCGAGCCCUGAGAAAAUACGGGGUACCGAUCGUCGUCGAUAGAAAUUCUCCGUUAAAGCUUAUCGAUUCGCGGACUAUUCCCGAAGAGGCGUUCCGUUGUUCGUGCACGUCGCUGUAGUGAGGUGGUCAAGUUUAUUACAUAAACCCUCGCGCGUGUUUCGACGUUUUCGUUCCUCCCAUCGAAUUACUCGCGGGUGAUUCGAAUUACCCGUUUACGGUGUAUAUUAUUCUCGCCCCUCGUUCACGGCCGCUCGUCGUUUAAUCGUCGGUCGUGGCGGCGCGAUUAAAAUAGAUCUUUCCAGCAAAACUGUUCCAUCAUCGAUUCGUUUCGUAGACCGCUCCCGGGAGGGCUGCCCGUCCCGUUCGUCGUCGCAUCCCGGCGAUGCACGCCGUAUACCGCGAUAAAUUUAGAAGAUCGCAUCGAUACGGUUGACAAGCUAGCAAUCGAAUGUCCCUCUUCGGAAUAGCUCGACCCGAUCCUAAUCAGUUACGUGCGGCCGCGCGAGACACUUGUGAUUUCCAUCGUGGACGCGGAUCGAUGCCGUAAACACGAAAAAGAGGAGAAGAAAAAACGAAGCGGCUAGGAAAAAAAGAAAAGAGGGAUCGCGUUGAAACAUCGAAUCCAUGGUACGUGCAGCUCGAAUAUGAAGCGCUUCGAUCACGGCCCUGUCGGUCCGUGUUCGUCUUGACUACGGAAUCGUGGGAGAACGACGGGAGAGCGCCACCGCUUCUUGAGAGAUGUCUUCGAUAUCAGCGCAAGGGGUCGUCGAGAGAGCCAGCGCCGAGUUAACCAAGAGAAUCAACGGACUGGGGUUGAGAGGGUCCAAGCAUCAUGGUGGGGGAAAGGCCAGCGUCAUGGAACGCGUUACGAACGUGUUUUGCGGAAGCGGCGGGGUCGCCUAUACGAAUCUGCAGAGCGCAAACAAUGCGAACGCAACCCCGGAAAAGCCGAGCAGGAGCGCGCCUAUGUCGAUGGGCAACAUGCCGCCAACCAAUAAUAAGAGUCUGAGCAACAGCACGCCGAGCAGAACGAGGAUAUCCAGGAAUCGCGCAAGGAACGCGCCCCUUGCGUGCGGCGGCACGGGCAACUACGUGGCGAUGUGCACGUGGGAGCAGCUCAUGCAGGACGAUUACUUCCUCGACAAAUUUUUCCUCUACUUCAACGCCAUCGAGAGGAGGAUUUUGGCUCAGGUGUGCACAAGAUGGAGAGACGUACUGUACGCGCGACCUCGGCUUUGGGCAGGCCUGGUGCCCGUGGUGAGGUGUCGCGAGAUGCGCGCCAUGCCUCUGACGUAUCGCAGCCGUCUGUACGCCUCCUUGGUCAGAAGAGGUUUCCAUUCGUUGGUCCUCCUCGGUGCCGCUGACGAGGAUAUCCCCGAGCUCACCCACGGGUUCCCUUUGGCGCAGAGGAACAUCCACUCGUUGUCCCUGAGAUGCUGUGCGGUCACCGACAAAGGCCUCGAAGCUCUCUUGGAUCACUUGCAAGGUUUGUUCGAGCUCGAGUUGGCCGGUUGCAACGAGAUAACGGAGGCCGGUCUGUGGACCUGCUUGACACCUAGAAUAGUAUCGCUCUCCUUGUCGGACUGUAUCAACGUGGCUGACGAAGCCGUCGGAGCGGUCGCACAAUUGUUACCCAGCCUCUACGAGUUCUCGUUGCAGGCGUACCACGUGACCGACGCAGCCCUCACUUACUUCAACCCCAGACAGAGUAGCGCCCUCAGCAUUCUCAGGCUCCAGUCCUGCUGGGAGCUCACCAACCACGGUGUGCUCAAUAUCGUACAUUCCUUGCCCAAUUUGACCGUGUUGUCGCUGUCGGGGUGCACCAAAGUCACAGACGACGGCGUCGAGCUGAUAGCGGAAAAUUUGCCAAGACUUCGUUCCUUAGAUCUGAGUUGGUGCUCAAGGAUUUCUGAUCCAGCGUUAGAAUACAUCGCCUGUGAUUUGAAUCACUUGGAGGAGCUCACGUUGGACAGGUGUGUGCACAUCACGGAUAUAGGCGUGGGCUAUAUCUCCACAAUGGGAUCAUUGAGCGCAUUGUUCUUAAGAUGGUGCUCGCAACUUAAAGACUUUGGUCUUCAGCACUUGUGCGGCAUGAAAUCCUUACAAGUACUCUCCGUGGCAGGUUGCCCAUUGCUCACGAGUAGCGGACUGUCCAGCUUGAUACAGCUUCGCCACUUACACGAAUUAGAACUAACCAACUGUCCAGGAACGUCUCAGGAACUGUUCGACUAUUUACGUGAACAUCUGCCGCGUUGCCUAAUCAUCGAAUAAACGAUUACCUUGGGGAGAAUAGAGAACAACACCGGAGAAUUUUUUUUUUUUUGCGUUUCGAAGACGCUCACGUGGUCACGAAACG